AUGAGAUCGCAGUUCAAAGACGAGAACUCGUUUGAAAAAAGAAAGUCCGAGUCGACCAGAAUCCUCCAGAGGUUCAAGGAUAGACUCCCAGUCAUUUGCGAGAAGGUAGAGAACUCGGAUAUCCAGGAAAUCGACAAGAGAAAGUACCUUGUGCCUGGAGACUUGACCGUCGGGCAAUUCGUGUACGUGAUUAGAAAGAGAAUCAAGUUGCCCUCGGAAAAGGCCAUUUUUAUCUUUGUCAAUGACAUCUUGCCACCCACAGCAGCCUUGAUGAGUACGGUCUACGAGGAGCACAAGGACGAGGACGGCUUCUUGUACGUCUUGUACUCGGGCGAGAACACGUUCGGUGCCAUCGAAGGCGUGGAGGAGAUCCACGAUGUGGAGGAGGUGGAGCUCUAG